AUGUGUCUACUUUUGUUUGUGAUGUUAUCUACAUACAACAAUCUUGUUCAGGGGGAUCCUGUUUGGGCCAUCACUUCAGAAACAAUCAACUCUCUUAUAGGCCUCUCUCUCAAUUUCUUCUUGAUUCUGCCUUUGAUCAACUCUGUUGGCAUUCAUCUGAUGGAGGCCCCAGUGCUUCAUCCGAUGUCUGAAGGAUUAUUCAACUUUGUAAUUGGAUGGACAUUCUUGUUUGCUCCUUUGCUGUUUACUGAUCGUAAGAGAGACAGAUAUACAGGAUCACUUGAUAUUCUAUGGGGGUUUCAAAUGUUCCUCACAAACACAUUCUUGAUUCCUUAUAUGGCUAUCCGUUUGAAUGAGGCUGAUCAGGACUCCACCCCAAGAAAGACCUCUCAAUUAGGCAUCAUCAUGACAAAAGGUGCACCUGUUGUUGGAUUAGUUGGCGGACUUGUGUGUCUGUUGUCAACCUUGUGGGCCCUUUAUGGCCGAGGAGACAAUAAUUUUGGCGAUUUACGAGAAAGAUGGGAGUUCUUGUUGAGUUAUUUAGGAUCUGAAAGACUUGCAUAUGCCUUCAUCUGGGAUAUUUGCCUAUAUAUAAUUUUCCAGCCAUGGUUAAUUGGAGAAAACCUACAGAAUAUUCAAAGGGACAAGAUUGGUAUAGUAAACUAUCUUCGAUUUGUCCCUGUAGUCGGUUUAGUUGCCUACUGUCUAUGUUUAAAUCUUGAUGAAGAGAUAUAA